CUCUCCUCACUGCGUGUCUGUGCAAACUGGGAUCGCACAGCUUCCCAGCGCUGGAUUUUACUGGUGGGACGCUGCAGGGCACAAUUCACCUCCGAGGACCCACCGUCAGACCCGAUCUGCUGCGAUCUGCUCCGGAGAGGCUCUUUAUUCUCUGAAUACUUGCUCCUGAGUAACAGAUCCCCGGGUUCCUCACACAGGCUCAAGUCAACAGCUCGUCACAGCCGGAGGUCUCUGCACGGAGCUGAGCUCUGAGCCCAUGAAAACAGGAGAGGAGAGAAAACAGAGAGAAGUCAUCGGCUCCGUCUGAACAAAGAGGAGGCACCAGCAGAUACAGAUGGGGCAGGGAGAGGCUUCCGCGCGCGGGACGACCAUGGAGGGCGACUGUCUCAGCUGCAUCAAGUACCUCAUGUUUGUCUUCAACUUCCUCAUCUUCCUAGGGGGCUCGUUCCUCCUGGGAGUGGGAGUGUGGGUACUGGUGGACCCCACAGGGUUCAGGGAAAUCGUGGCAGCCAAUCCGCUGUUGUUCACCGGCGUCUACAUCAUCCUGGGCAUGGGAGGCAUGCUGUUCCUCCUGGGCUUCCUGGGCUGCUGCGGAGCCAUCCGCGAAAACAAGUGUCUGCUCCUCUUUUUCUUCAUGCUCAUCCUCCUCAUCUUCUUAGCAGAGCUGGCUGCUGCCAUCCUGGCCUUCAUAUUCCGGGAACAUCUGACCAGGGAGUACUUCACCAAGGAGCUGAAGAGACAUUACCAGGGCUACAACAACACUGACGUCUUCACCUCCACAUGGAACGCCAUCAUGUCUACAUUUGACUGCUGUGGGGUGAACAGCCCAGAGGACUUUAAAGACAGCCUGUUCAGGCUGAUCAACCAAAAUCAUAUGGUGCCAGAAGCCUGCUGCCAGCGUUCCAGUCAGACCGGGGAGGUGGCCUAUAUCAGCCAGGAGCAGUGCUUAUCAGGCAAUAUGAUGUUCCGCAAUAACAAGGGUUGUUACUCCGCAGUGGUGGACUACUUUGAGCUGUACAUCUAUGUGGCCGGAGCGCUCGCCAUCGUGGUUCUGACCAUCGAGCUCUUCGCCAUGGUCUUUGCGAUGUGUCUCUUCAGGGGAAUCCAGUAAAGCUGCUCCGUCUGUGAACUCAUUUCUUUAAAAAAAAAAAAAGGGAUUUCAGGAGAAACAACACACAAUGGACACUUGUAAAUUUGUUGAUCUUUUUUUCUAUUGGCUAAUAGGUAGAAAAACCCAACUCACAAACUCUUGUACUUCACAGCUGGACUUUUGAGGUACUGGGUGACAAAAAAAACAAAAACAUAAAUACACACAAACCGUAGAGAAAAGUGGGAGAUCAGAGACACAACUGAUGUAAAAAGAUUUCUGUGAAAAGUGGAAACAGUGAUUUGUGGACCAGGUCUAUCACAGACUGGCUGUAAAGUUGACCGGGCAUGAGGACCAGGUGAAGCCUGAGCAGAAGGCACUGCACUGACUUUUGGAAGAAGAAUAUUUAUAUUAAGUAAAGUUGGCUUAAUUGUAAAAAAAAAAUGUACAUGUUUUAUGUACACUUUGUUGGCUGUUACCCCUUUUCCCUUACAUACUGUAAACUGUAACACACUCCCUCCUCCACACGCCUUUUUUACAGCCACUCCUUUAAUGUUGUAUUAUAUAAGCUCUCUGUGUGUGCGUGUGUGUGUAUGUGCGUGUGCGUGCAUGUGUGUGUGUGUACAUACUGAAUGCUCUCUUUGAAUGUGUUUGAACUAGUUUGUGAGCAUGUGUGAGUUUGUGGUUCUUCAUGACCCCUCCCAAGCUUGAAAGCCGACUUCUGAUACUUUUUUCUAAUCGUGUGGUGAUGUUUAUUGCAGUAGUGGCUGUAGCCUCUGUGGUUUUAGGCGGUGAAAAUGUACAUUAAGUGUAUGCAUUUGUAUUAGGUUCUUGAAAAGUCAGUGACAUAAAUGGCAUUUUAAAUGAC